ACAUAUAUCAAUACAUAUAUAUAAGCAUACAAAGUAACUAGACAACGAACAAUUGCACUUUAGCUUAUGCACACAAAGAUUUUUAUACAAUCAAUUUCAUUGGUAUUAGCAAGGCCAUAUUGUUGAGUUUUGAAUAGGUAGAUAAAAUAAUAAUAAAAAUAUAUAGUGAAUGAUCUUUUCAUUGAAAUGCCAGUUGAAAUUGUCUAAAUUUUCCAUUUGAAUGACUAUAUAAGAAUUACUGAAAAUUAUAAAGCAGUUAAUGGUUUGAAAUGAUCUUGAUGUUCAUAACCAAGUUGAUUUUAUUUAUGGAUUGUUGAUGAGACAUUAUAUAUAUAUACAUCAAUAAUAACUAUAGAUCAUUUCAAUUUAUGACGAAUUGAGAUAUUUGUUUGCAAUAAUUAUCCAUUAAUUAUAAGUUAUGCUUGUUUUGAAUUUGAGUUUAUCAAUAUUCAGCAUUGUGACUAGUUCAUAUCUCAUCUCAUGUGGAUUAUUUUCAAUAUACAAAAAGUAAAUGAAUUAUCAGUGAUUUUGCCAAUCGAAGAAAAAAAGUCAAUUAUUAUGAAGACAUUCAAUUGAUGAACAGGAAGUAUUUUCAUUACUUACUUUUCUUUAUUGAAAUCAACACUAUUUUGAAAUACAACUAUUAUCCUUUUCUUUAUACAUAUUCAAUUUUUCAACUUGUACGUCAGUAUUUAUUUUCUAAGGAAAAUCACUGUUCAUAAUUUUUUUCUGGUUAAAUUUUAAUGAUGAACACAAUGUAUAUCAAUAUUUCAACCAAUCAUUUAAUGGUUCAAAGAUGCUUGUAAACAAUCCUGAUAAAAUUGCUUAUUGUAUUUUCAAAGUUAUUCCUUGGCAGGUAGUACAAACGUUAUCAAAGAAAAUAAACUAUAUGGAUAUAUGUUUUAUGAUGAAAAUGAAAGAUCAUAGUAGUUGCUCUCAAGUAGGAACUGUACUGAUUCAUUAUUGAUUUUGUAUAGUUAUUGAUUUCUUUUAAAAUUUCAUAUAUUUAGACGAUCUAAUUUCAUAUCUUAUCAACUGGAAUUUGGAAUGUAUUCAAUCGAUUACAAAUGAAACUGCUUUUAAAUAAUUAUCAUAAUUUACUUUCAACAUCAAUAUUCUUGUUAUUAUCCCUAGCAUCGUUAAAUAAUUUAUUUGUUCAAUGUGAUUUAUUAUUCAAUGAAGAAGAUCAUCAUUACAACAAUAAUCAUCGCGAAAAGAAUAUAACCAAUAAUAAUAAUAAUAAUGAUGAAUCAUUUCACCAUGUCGAAAAAAAUGCAAACGUGAAGAAUCAUGUUCAUGAAAGUUUGGAAGCCGAUGAAUAUCAUACAGAAAAUAUUGAGAAUGAGAGCGCAAAUCAAAGUGACGUAUUGUCAAAAUCAAUAACUGAAGUAAAUCAUGAUAAAUCAUUACCUGUAACAAAUAAUGCACCUAAUAAUGUUACUGAUAAUAAAUACCCAAUAACUAAAAUAGUUUCAAACAAAUCAUCAUUGUAUAAAUAUUCAUUGAACCAAGAUGUAUCUAAUAAAAAAUUAAUUAAUAAUAGAAAAGUAUCUAAUAGUAAAUAUUUAUCUUCUUGGGCAUUUUCAGCACCAUCAACACUGAUUAAGUCUUCAACAAAAAUUGUUGAGAAUUGGCCACUUAGCGACUAUCGUAUUGAAUUCAUUGAAGAUUUAAUUCAAAAAAAUAUUGGAAUAAAAUUCAAAGACAAUGAUAAUAAUAAUUUUUCGCAAAUGAUUAUUAUGCCAAAAACAUCUUCAAUUUAUUUAGUGAAAAAUCGAGGAACUCUGUUAAAGUUAGACAUGACGACAUUCGAACAACAUGAUAAAUAUACACUACCGACGUCAUUAAAGUCUAUGCCAGAAUGCAACGAUUCUUGGUCAUGUCACUCAAUGAAGGAAAUCAGUUUACUUGCUAAAAUGCCUGAUGAACGUAUGAUAUGGAUCUGCUAUGUGACUCAUCAUUCUCACGAAAAUCGUCCUAAUCUACUUGCAGAAAGUGGUUGCAUGGUCCCGACGGUUGAAAAUCUGGCCGUACCAUUAAUUCAAUGGGAAAAUCCUCAUUUCAAUUCACUAUAUCCUGAUAAACCACCCAGUGUUCUUAAUGCAGCUGACGGAUUCACUUAUAUAUCUGCAUUUACUUUAGACUACUUGCGUAUAUUUCGUGCUUAUAUGCCAGAUUGGAAUGGAAAUUUCAAUUGGACAGGUGCAUUGGUCACUGAUAAAAAUCCAACAUUUAUAGCAGAACCCGCGCAAAUUUUAUUAACUUUCGAAACAAUUGAUGAAAUUUAUUUCGUUCUUCGAGAACAACCAAAUUCACAAAUGUCAAGAUGUGAAGAAAAUGUGGGUAGUUCUAUAAACCAUUUAUCUAAAGUUGAAAAAUUAAAACGAUUGCAUCAGCCUUACUGUUUAACAAGUGUUGCACGUUUAGUAAGAGUUUGUAAAGGUGAUCCAGGUGGUUUGCCAUAUAUUAGCUCAAAUCGUUUUGCUACAUUUGCAAAAGCUGACUUAAUAUGUCCAGCUACAAAUGAAAAUGGUGGAUAUUUUAGCUAUACACACAUUUCAACAGCUUAUUGGGAUAAUAAUACACAAUUACUUUACGCAACAUUUACAACGGAAAAAUCAGCUCCAGUUGGAAGUGCUUUAUGUAUUUAUAGUUUGAAUGAACUUAAAGCUUCGUUCAAUGGACCACUAGUUCGUACUAAUGAAAAACAAAAUGAUUUAAAAUCGUCUCCUGUAUCAAAUUCAUUUUCAAAUAUUUGCACAAGAUUCAAUUCCAAAAAUAGAACUGAAGAAGAAGUAACAGUCGGACGACUUUUAUCAUUACGUUUCCCUUAUCGUUAUUUGCCAGUCAAACCACUACAUGGUCAUGCUUUAUUGUCACAAACUGGUGAUAAAUGGGUGCAUUUGCAGGCUUAUAAUUUGCCUUCAGUAACAAAUUACUAUCAAAGUGAUGAACAGAUCAAAACAAGUAUCAUAUGGAUUGGUACAAAGGAACACUUGAUUCAAUUCGUAGUAUAUGCUUACAACGAUGUAAUAUCACCUACUGGAGAAACGUAUUCAACAGAUUACCAGUACAAAGCGAUACCAAUUAUAUGCAAACUCAAAGAGAUUUUACUUGGACGUCAAAUUGAAGCAAUAAUCCUUCAGUUACCGCCAGAUAGAUUGGAUUCGAAUGUUAACAAGGAGUUAGAAAUACAUAUUGACACCAUUUCGAAUAAAAGGAAUCUUUCCAAACGAAUUGGGGACGUAAGCGUGGAAUCAGUUAGAACGUCACAAGUAAAUAGACUUUAUGGUGAAGAGAUAGUUGGUAAAGCAGAAAAAGAAGAAAUUCGUCGUAUCGAAAUAUCAGGUUCUUAUUUACAUAUCAUGACAAAUAAACAAUUAUUUCGUCUACCACUAACACGUUGCUCUGAAUAUCAAACAUUUGAUGACUGUCUCAACUCAAAAGAUCCUCACUGUGGUUGGAAUUGGUCCGAAGGUAGAUGUUCAAGUGGUUAUCUGUUUGAGUCUACCGUACAAAUUAACCGUUUAAAUACAUUUUCACCAUCGAUUGAUCAUAGACAACGAAGUAAUCAUCAAUGUCCAACAAAAAGUUUUACAUUUGAAAAAGAUAAAGAGAAUUCAUGGACAAAGUGGUACGAUUGCAAUUGGAUUGCUUCACUACAAACAGGUGAUCCGGUUCCUAUAACAAUUCACAAUCAACCGACCGAUGAUGUCAAUGAAAUUGUUGGCGACAAAAUUUCAAUGAAAUUACUGGGAAGUUGUUUAUGCCGUUUAUGCAUCAGCCAAGUUAAUUGUGUUCUUGGAAUCCAGCAGGUUAAGAACUGUACUCUUUAUCUUCGUAAAUUUAUGCAAAUGGGUAAUGGUUGAGUAUGGUAAAUAUGGAUUUUACCUCUGUACAAUUUAAUUUAAUUAAUCAUAAAAAAUAUUCCAAGUAAGAAGUCAAGUCAGACAAGGCUGUCUACACACUCCCCUCCGUUUUUUUCCGGUGGUCGAUGGGAUUAUGAAGACCUCGACAUCUGAGGCAAAACACGGUAUACAAUGAACAGCUCGGAAUCAAUUAGAUGAUCUGGACCUUGCAGAUGACCUAGCCCUCCUGUCGCAUACACACGAACAGAUGCAGACAAAGACAGCCAGUGUAGCAGCAGUCUCUGCAUCAGUACGCCUCAGCAUACACAAGGGGAAAACCAAGGUCCUCAAAUUCAAAACAGAGAACAGCAAUCCAAUCACUUUUGAUGGCGAAACUCUGGAAGAUGUAGAGUCCUUCACAUACCUGGGAAGCAUCAUCGAUGAACGAGGAGGCUCAGAUGCAGACGAAAGGCAAGGAUUGGCAAAGCAAGGGUCGCAUUCCUACAAUUGAAGAACAUAUGGAACUCAAAACAACUUUCAACCAAUAUCAAAGUAAGAAUCUUCAAUACCAACGUCAAGGCAGUUCUAUUGUAUGGAGCUGAAACUUGAAGAACUACAACAACCACCAUCAAGAAGGUACAAGUAUUUAUAAAUGGCUGUCUUCGCAAGAUACUCAACAUCCAUUGGCCGGAUACCAUCAGCAAUAGCCUUCUGUGGGAGAGAACAAACCAGCUUCCAGCUGAAGAAGAAAUUAGGAAAAGACGAUGGAAAUGGAUAGGACAUACAUUACGCAAAUCGUCAAACUGCAUCACGAGGCAAGCCUUAACUUGGAAUCCUGAAUGGAGCGGAAAAGAGGAAGGCCAAAGAACACAUUACGUCGGCUAAUAGAAGCAGAUAUGAAAAGGAUGAAUUAGAACUGGAAGGAGCUGGAAAAGAUUGCCCAGGACAGGAUUGGAUGGGGAAUGCUGGUGAGCGGCCUAUGCUCCUUUACGAGGAGUAACAGACGUAAUUAAAGUAAGUAAAUCAUAAAAAUAUUCCAGAAUCUGCUUCCUAUCAAAUUGUUGUGUUAUCAUGAUAAGAUUUUUUCUUACAUCCGAUAUUCGAUGUCGAUAAUUGUAGUCAAAGAUUCAGUUGGGUUCAUCUACAAUAUUAGUAGUAAAAUUCUCAAUUUUAUAUCCAAACGGUUUUAUUUAUAGUAAAGUAAGUACAAAAGUAUCCUGAAGAAAUAUGGGUUUUGUAUCGAGGACAAUUCUAGUACUGUUACAGAGUAAUUAUAAUCAUGUACAACAAAAGAAAAGGAUGAGAACAGAGAGUACUGGAAAAGAACUCCGAAAAUUACUGUGAUAGGUCUUCUGUCAUACGUGUGCUAGGUUGUUUUACAGCUAACUGAUUCGGAUAGAUAUUAUUUAAACUAGUUAAAUUGGCCAGAACAGACAGUGUCAGCGUAAAACAUCUGCAAGAAAGGAGAUUUAAUAAUUGAGGUCAGUACUAAGAAUGAAAAAACAUUUAAUGAUCAUAUAAUUUCACUAGUCAAAGAUGUAAGCAUUUUUAAGGCAGUUUCUGAGGAGAGGUAAUUAUCGAUGUAGCGAACAAAUGAUGGUGGUGGAUUUAUUUCACCGUUACAAUUCAGCAAACUUUUACAGAGUUCCAAAAAACUUACAAAGUGAUUCAUAUAAAAAGAUUUUAAAUGUGGGGAUUUUAUCUUAAUUGAGAAUGGACUAAUUCAUCUGGAAAUUAUUGCUUACUUGUCAUGUUUGACUAAACAACUGUAAAUAGUUGUCUGUUUCUGUCAUACAGAACGACGUAAGCAGACCAAAGUCAUCUAAUGAAAUGGUAUUCGGGUGCUUUUAUGAGCACUGAUUGUUCAUGGAGAGGAUAGUAAGUCUGUUAUUUAUUGAAACAAAAUCCAAAUACUUACAAUUCAAAAAUAGUGCAAGCAUUCACAUAUUUUUAACCUAUACUGAAUACUAAGUUAACUGUGAAAGUUUUUAUUUUCCUGAAGGUUUCGAUCAAAAUUGGCUUCCUUGGUCUAUUUGGAGUGACUGUGAUCCAACUACUAAUAUUCAAAUACGGAAAAGGCAAUGUCGAUCCAAUGCAGUUUGUUCUGGAAGCAGUAUCGAACAACGAUCUUGUUUGGACGAUGACAGCUGGUUUAGAAAAUCCAAUGUUAUACCGAAAUCAGCCAGUUACUAUAAAUCAAGAAUUCAUUACACUACACAAGCUGACGGUUACACUCUUACACAUUUGAUACUUGUAGUAAUAUGUGGAUUAUUAACUGGUAGUUUGUUAACAGUUAUAUUAUUUUGGUCAUGUAGAUGUCAUCGUUGGUCAUAUGUUGUGGAUGAUAUUGCUAAAUUAACAAAGAAAAAUCAUAUGAAAACUAUUCCUACUCAUUGUAAAGGUCAUCUACCUUAUGAAAGUCAACAAACUUGUUUAACUACUAGCCAACCGUUAAGUAAACAUUCGUGGAGUUUAAUUGAUGAAAAAGAGCCUAUCUGGUGUAAUAAAUCAGGUAAUAUAGCACAAGCACCAAUAGAUACACGUUACGAAUAUCUACCAUCUACUCAUGUUGUACCAACUAAUACCAGAUUUAACAGAUCAGUUGAUCGAAAGUCAACAAAAAUAUGUCAUUUAAACACCCCAUGUCAUGAUAUAUCGACAAGUGUAUACUUACUAUCCAAUACACCGUCACCAACUUCAGUGACAAGUAACCCGUCAACAACUUCAACAUUACUGAAAGACAAGUUUACAUUUGAUUCAUUUGCUGAACAAAAUUCAAAUGUUUUAGGUGAUUGUAAAACUAAUCUAAUUAAUAUUACACCUGAUAACAAAAAUGAGAAUAACAACGAAAAUCUAGGGAAUUUAUACUUAACUGGUUAUUUCUAUGCUGCACCAAUAGAACCAAUACAUAACCAACCGAUAACAUCAACAAAAACUUCUUUACCGACAACAAGAAUCAAUAUUGAAUUACCUGAACAUCAUGACUAUCAAACUAGACAAAUCCCUACAAUAUCUUCAUAUUAUAACCAAAUAAAUACUGGUCUUGUUAUUCCAAAAUCUAUUCUUGUACAACCUACAUUGUCAUCAUUUAGAGAAAAUGAACACUUAAACAAUAAUAUCAUUAGUAAUACUAUGAUAACAACAAAAUGUAUUGAUGGUGAAACUUUUACAGUUACAGAAAAUCCAGUACAACUUUCAUAAUCUUGUUCUAUAGGUUAUAAACGCUUUUUCUUUAUAAAAAACAAACAAACAAAACAUGGUUAAACAAAAGAAUUCAACGAUAAUGUUUUAGGUAAUAAAUAAUUUUCAAAAGUGUCAACAUUCAAUAUUUGUGUGUAAAACCAAAAAAAAAAGUAAAAAUUCGUUUUUCUUUCAUAUUUCUUCAUGUAAACGUGAUUUAAAAUAUUUAGGAAAAAUAAGUAGUAUGAAACGAAAUCUUCAGAAGGAUAUUUCAUCAUUGUCCUGUACAAUCUUGUUUAUCAACUUGAAUUAUUUAAAAUGAUGUUUAUCAUAAUUAUUAUCGUUAUAAAUAUUAUCAUUAUCAUUAUUAGUAAUAAUAAUAAUAGUCUCUUUGAGAAAAUUUUAUUAUCAUUACUAUGAAUAAAACUAUAAAUUUACAUGGAAAUCUAUAUUUGAAUGACUAUUUAAACACUUAAAUUGAAUGUAUUAUCCUUAAUGAAACAUUAGAAGUUAGCUUCAUAUAAUAUAAGACUUAUAUAUGUAAAAUUUAUCGAUGUAUUUAGUCAUUUCAAUUAAUAAUUGUAAAGUUUGUUUAUUUUAUACAACAAAAACAACAAAAGUAUUAUUGCAUGCUUAA